GAGAGACAGACAGACAAACAGAGAGAGACAGACAGACAGAGACAGAGAGAGAGACAGAGAGACAGACAGACACCAUGUCUCCCUCCCAGUCCUCCCUACUACUGCUACUGCUGAUGGUCUCCUGCUCCUGGGCCUCCCACUUUUUAGGAGGAACCAUGACCUUCAACCCCAGAGGGACCAACCCAGACGGAACCUACAGGGUGGACCUUGAUUACAAGACAACCUUCCACUCUACCGGCUGCCUAACUUAUACCUGGUAUUGUAUCAGUGGGGACUGUGGGAAUGAGAUCAGUUUAGUGCUUAACAUCGUGGACCAGGGGAUAUCUGAGGACUGGUGUCAGACAGAGGGAGUCAUGACUAGACACGUCUCCAAUAACACACAGACCUUUGAUCUGCUAUUGGAUGGCGGAAACUGGAUAGAUAAUGAUAAUUAUGUUAGUGCUUGGUGGCUGUUGACUCUUGUGGAUCUUGGGGUCAGGUCUGACACGAAGACAGUCAACCGAUCUCCACAGACCACUGUCAUACCUCUGAUGCGUGUCCCUGCUAAUUGUGAAAGAGAUUUCAAACUAUUGUCAUUUGAUCCAGAUGGGGAUGAGGUCAGGUGCAGAUAUGCAGUACCAACAGAUGAGUGUUACACAUCAAGUGACCUUCCUAAUGACUUCACUCUACGAGAGAACUGCACCUUGUCAUUUUGGGGCAACAGUAAUACCACUAGAACAUAUGCAGUUCAGUUAGUGAUGGAGGAUUUCCCGACUCAGUCCAUCUCUCUCUCCUAUACUGACGGAUCUCAAUCAAUCAGGACCUCAAACAACACACUCUGCAAACUACCUGUUCAGUUUGCAGUGAUAGUGGACCCCCCGGUGACAUCCUGUAUGGAGGGGUUGUACCUACCCAUCUUCCUGUCUCCAACACCAGCCCAGGGUGCACUGCUCUACGCCUCUGCAGACCAACCCCUGGAAAUCACUGUCAGAGCACAGGCUACCCAGUCCACGGUUUCAGAGCUGUUGGUGAGUGGACCUUCCAGUAUCACAGAGAACACCACUGUCCCAGGAGAGUACCUUCUAAGAUGGACGCCCACUGAGGAUGAGGAGGGAGGGUACUAUCCUGUGUGCUUCAUCGCUCAGGGAGUGAACGACAGUUCCAUGUAUCACUCUGAGCUGCGCUGUCUGAUCGUCAGGGUUGGAAACACAAGUGCCAUCAGAACCACAGAGGAACCAACACCCUCCCCUCCCCUGACAAUAAAUCUCACAACCACAGAGGAACCAAAACCCUCCCCUCAUCUGACAAUAAACCUCACAACCACAGAGGAACCAACACCCUCCCCUCCUCUGACAAUAAACCUCACAACCACAGAGGAACAAACACCCUCCCCUCCUCUGACAAUAAACCUCACAACCACAGAGGAACCAACAACCUCCCCUCCUCUGACAAUAAACCUCACAACCACAGAGGAACCAACAACCUCCCCUCCUCUAACAACAAACCUCACGACCACACAGAUUUCACCUGCACUUCCAAAUACCACCCAAACAACUACUGAACUCACAACCACACCCACAAAUGUCAGUACGUACGUACCCACAACUACCACAGUGACCACAACUACCACAGCAUCCACAACUUUAAGUACACACCCAACCACCGAUCUCACAACCCAUAUUGUGGACGGUACAACAACGAGCAGUGUGCCUAGAUACGUUGUUGUACUGAGGAUAAAACUGUCCUCUCUGAUCCCACUGACAGAUGAUUACAUCAGAAACGUGGUUUUACAGCAGCUCCGUGAGGAACUGAUCAGACAAGGGCUGCCAGGGGACUUCGCGCUACGCCUGAGAGCCACUCAUGGGAUCAGUUCCUGAGGGAGGAACAGGAAUUCAGAUCAACAUUCUUCACUCCUACUUGUCUUUUCUUCCUGGUUCUGAUUCUGCAGAAAGUUCUUCUGAAGAAGAAGUGGUUCCUUAUAAUGACAGAAUAUGGUUGAUUUGUACUAAUCCCUUGGGACAGACGCACGUAACAUAAAUUAUGAUUUUUGUUCUGGAUUGCCAGGAUUAGUUGAAUGGACUGACUACUUCUGACUGGAUGUUAGUUGAAUGGACUGACUACUUCUGACUGGAUGUUAGUUGAAUGGACUGACUACUUCUGACUGGAUGUUAGUUGAAUGGACUGACUACUUCUGACUGGAUGUUAGUUGAAUGGACUGACUACUUCUGACUGGAUGUUAGUUGAAUGGACUGACUACUUCUGACUGGAUGUUAGUUGAAUGGACUGACUACUUCUGACUGGAUGUUAGUUGAAUGGACUGACUACUUCUGACUGGAUGUUAGUUGAAUGGACUGACUACUUCUGACUGGAUGUUAGUUGAAUGGACUGACUACUUCUGACUGGAUGUUAGUUGAAUGGACUGACUACUUCUGACUGGAUGUUAGUUGAAUGGACUGACUACUUCUGACUGGAUGUUAGUUGAAUGGACUGACUACUUCUGACUGGAUGUUAGUUGAAUUACUAAAAUGUAAAUGUUUUAUGUCCAGAAGAAGAAAUACAACAUUAAUAUGUUUGGUAACGUACAGAGGUAGACUGGGGUUCUUUCCUGUUUGGUAAUGUACAGAGGUAGACUGAGGUCCUUUCCUGUUUGGUAACGUACAGAGGUAGACUGGGGUUCUUUCCUGUUUGGUAAUGUACAGAGGUAGACUGGGGUUCUUUCCUGUUUGGUAACGUACAGAGGUAGACUGAGGUUCUUUCCUGUUUGGUAACGUACAGAGGUAGACUGGGGUUCUUUCCUGUUUGGUAACGUACAGAGGUAGACUGGGGUUCUUUCCUGUUUGGUAAUGUACAGAGGUAGACUGGGGUUCUUUCCUGUUUGGUAAUGUACAGAGGUAGACUGGGGUUCUUUCCUGUUUGGUAAUGUACAGAGGUAGACUGGGGUUCUUUCCUGUUUGGUAACGUACAGAGGUAGACUGGGGUUCUUUCCUGUUUGGUAAUGUACAGAGGUAGACUGAGGUUCUUUCCUGUUUGGUAAUGUACAGAGGUAGACUGGGGUUCUUUCCUGUUUGGUAAUGUACAGAGGUAGACUGGGGUUCUUUCCUGUUUGGUAAUGUACAGAGGUAGACUGGGGUUCUUUCCUGUUUGGUAAUGUACAGAGGUAGACUGGGGUUCUUUCCUGUUUGGUAACGUACAGAGGUAGACUGGGGUUCUUUCCUGUUUGGUAAUGUACAGAGGUAGACUGAGGUCCUUUCCUGUUUGGUAACGUACAGAGGUAGACUGGGGUUCUUUCCUGUUUGGUAAUGUACAGAGGUAGACUGGGGUUCUUUCCUGUUUGGUAACGUACAGAGGUAGACUGAGGUUCUUUCCUGUUUGGUAACGUACAGAGGUAGACUGGGGUUCUUUCCUGUUUGGUAACGUACAGAGGUAGACUGGGGUUCUUUCCUGUUUGGUAAUGUACAGAGGUAGACUGGGGUUCUUUCCUGUUUGGUAAUGUACAGAGGUAGACUGGGGUUCUUUCCUGUUUGGUAAUGUACAGAGGUAGACUGGGGUUCUUUCCUGUUUGGUAACGUACAGAGGUAGACUGGGGUUCUUUCCUGUUUGGUAAUGUACAGAGGUAGACUGAGGUUCUUUCCUGUUUGGUAAUGUACAGAGGUAGACUGGGGUUCUUUCCUGUUUGGUAAUGUACAGAGGUAGACUGGGGUUCUUUCCUGUUUGGUAAUGUACAGAGGUAGACUGGGGUUCUUUCCUGUUUGGUAAUGUACAGAGGUAGACUGGGGUUCUUUCCUGUUUGGUAACGUACAGAGGUAGACUGGGGUUCUUUCCUGUUUGGUAAUGUACAGAGGUAGACUGAGGGUCUUUCCUGUUUGGUAAUGUACAGAGGUAGACUGGGGUUCUUUCCUGUUUGGUAAUGUACAGAGGUAGACUGAGGUCCUUUCCUGUUUGGUAACGUACAGAGGUAGACUGGGGUUCUUUCCUGUUUGGUAAUGUACAGAGGUAGACUGGGGUUCUUUCCUGUUUGGUAAUGUACAGAGGUAGACUGGGGUUCUUUCCUGUUUGGUAAUGUACAGAGGUAGACUGGGGUUCUUUCCUGUUUGGUAACGUACAGAGGUAGACUGAGGUUCUUUCCUGUUUGGUAAUGUACAGAGGUAGACUGGGGUUCUUUCCUGUUUGGUAAUGUACAGAGGUAGACUGGGGUUCUUUCCUGUUUGGUAACGUACAGAGGUAGACUGAGGUUCUUUCCUGUUUGGUAAUGUACAGAGGUAGACUGGGGUUCUUUCCUGUGUCAAGAAUAGUUGGUUGAGGCUCAGUUGUCCGUGACAUUUUAGUGACAGAGGACACCGGUAGGAGGACCCACUUGUAAACACCCACACACACUCAGGAAGACGUUUCACUUUCACUCACACAUGGAACAUAAAGAAGAAUGAACAAUGAGGUUGAAUUGACACUGACGAAAUAGAAGAAAUUAACUGACUGACUAAAGAGAAGAAGAAAUGAAUUGACAUUGACUAAAGAGAAGAAGAAAUGAAUUGGGACUGGAAUUGAUUGAAAUCCUAAUUAAAGGUUAAACAUAUUAAAUGUUAAAGGUUGAAAACAUUGGGAGAUAUUAAAGGUGUUAAAAUAAUGCAGGUAAAGGUGAGGAGAGUUAUAAUGUAGUUUUCUUUAAGUUGUGAAUCAAAUAGACUGUGUUUGAUUCUGCUUAGAGGACAAGGCCUUAGGAGGUUGAUAACGAGACGUUAUAAUGGUCAAAUGUUAUAAUGUUGAAAUGUUUAAAAUAUUGAAGUAUUAAAAUAUAACUGGAGCAAUAAAUUAGGUUGUAGUAAGAUUAGAAUUGAGUAAAGGUAGUUUGAAAAAUGUAUGUUUUAAGGAGUUGAUGUUAAUGAAGUAUAGUAAAGGUGCUAGCUUGAUCUGGAGAUCCCUUAAUCUUACCUCAUUGAUAGAAGUGUUCUAGUACAUUCUAGGAGGAACCCUUAAUGUUACCUCAUUGAUAGAAGUGUUCUAGUACAUUCUAGGAGGAACACUUAAGGUUACCUCAUUGAUAGAAGUGUUCUAGUACAUUCUAGGAGGAACCCUUAAGGUUACCUCAUUGAUAGAAGUGUUCUAGUACAUUCUAGGAGGAAUCCUUAAGGUUACCUCAUUGAUAGAAGUGUUCUAGUACAUUCUAGGAGGAAUCCUUAAGGUUACCUCAUUGAUAGAAGUGUUCUAGUACAUUCUAGGAGGAAUCCUUAAUGUUACCUCAUUGAUAGAAGUGUUCUAGUACAUUCUAGGAGGAACCCUUAAGGUUAUCUCAUUGAUAGACAUGUUCUAGAACAUUCUAGGAGGAAUCCUUUAGGUUACCUCAUUGGUAGAAGUGUUCUAGAACAUUCUAGGAGGAACCCUUAAUGUUACCUCAUUGGUAGAAGUGUUCUAGAACAUUCUAGGAGGAACCCUUUAGGUUACCUCAUUGGUAGAAGUGUUCUAGUAGCUGUUAGUUUUUUAGACACCAACUGAGGGACUGAGCAUCCCGAGGGGGGAGACAAAAAUCUGUAUAUAAAUUGUAGAAGGUAAGAACAUGUUUUUCUUGUUAUUAAAAACUGUGCUUCUCAUAAAAUUGUUAUAGUUUUUAGGUAAAGGGUUUAGGUAAAGACGCUGAAGGCAUCUCUCAAUUUAAUCCAAGGUACAUUUUUGCAUAUCAUCAAUUGGUGAUAUUGAUUGAUCUUUUUUUUUAUGCCUUUUUUCUGUAAUUUUGAAUAAACUUGCUUUAUUGUUCUGAAA